CAAAGAAUGAGUGUAUCGUCCAAUCAGACGAGACUUCAAUUUUAAAUGAGAGCCGAUAGUUGCUUCUCCCUGCGACUAAAACCCACAACAACAACACAACUGACCUCAACUAAGCAGGCCAGGCUCGGGGCUCUGGAUUAUACAACACUACUUAUCAGCUCGUCCGUGGAUUUUGAGCUCCGGCUGCCUCUCGUCGACAGCUGUUUCAUGGGAACCCAGGAGGGAGACAGAGAUUGGGUAGAUGUGGCAAAUGAUCUACUCAGCAAGUGUCACAUAAACCUGAGGCUGAGGAAACUGACUGACUGUGAUGCAAAUGUUUUCAUUGGUCUGUACGAGAACAUCUUGGGGGAGAAAGUUCCAGAUUACAUUGCAGCACCAUGCAGUCAAGAGGAUGACAUCCAUAAUGUUCAGUCUGUCAUUGAUUCACUGUCCCUGGAUUACCUUCAGAUCAGUCUCUCACACAUUACAGGAGAAAAUGUUGUCAGAGGCGACAACGAGUCUAUCAAGAACCUCCUGGAAAUAUUUGAUGGCCUCCUGGAAUAUCUCAAGGAAGAGAUAAGCGAGGAGUCACAGAAUGGUGAGGAACUGUCUGACAGCCUCAAUGAGGACGUGCCUGCUGAAACUAAGGAGCCAACAAACUGCAAUGCCACAGAUAACAAGGAGAGUAAACUGGACGGAGCAUCUUUGUCUUCGAGUGGAGCGUCCACUGUUCACUCCAGUAAACAUUCCCUCCAUUCCUGGAACGCUGAGGAGAUGGGAUCAACUAGUGAGCUCAUUGGGCUGGGAGUCUCAGCACGCACAUUCGCAGCCAAUCAAGAAGACGCAGUCAGCACCUCUGGUCUUCAGGAAUCCCAGGGCGCACCACAGACUGAACCGCUGCACUCAGCCAUUGCCCUGCAGCCACCAAACCAGAGCAACACCCCCCACAAACCCAACACAGGCCUACACUCGUCCAGCCAACCUCCCACAGCUGAGAGCCUCAGCCAAGGGCACACAGAGGAGGAAGCAGUUCAUGUCACUACAGAGACCUCUAGACCGGUAGCUGAGACAGUUGUUACCAACGGGCUACACUCUCCUCCCCAUCUCAAGUCUCCAGCUGUGAGUGAGAAGUCCAGUCAGCACAGAGCCAGGGCAGAAGUGGAGGGGGAGGCACUAGAGCCAACCAAUGGAGGCCCCAGGAGGGUUUUAUUCCGUACCCAGCCAGAUGUCCUCUUCCUCACCCUGCAGGAUGAGAUGGCAGCCACAACUCGUUCUCCUCUAGACACUGAAGAGGAAGAUCAAGAUGCGGAGGAGCUAAGUUAUACACAUAGACAACUGGAUAGAAGAAUGGGUCACAGAGAUAGGACAGGCCACAGUAGCAGGUUGGAGGACAGUUUUGAGGAGCCUCUUUCGCAUCGCAGACAGAAGAACAAGAGAGCAGAAGAGGAGCUGCAUCACAUAUCUGAGAAACUCUCCCAUCGACUUGAGGAACUCGAUCAGAUGCUAAAACGAGUUCUGAGUGAAAGUGGAGAGUCUAGUGAAGUCAGAGAAGAGGACAAGCAGUCCCACUACAGUGACAGUAUCAUGGAGUGUCGCAGGACUCCAAGACAACUCACAGUUUCAGGACCACCAGAUGCAGAAUCCACCCACCGCACACGCUCCUUAUCCCCGUCCCCACCGCGGGUCCCUUGCUCUCAGCAGGAGCAGUUAGAAGAUGCCAUGGCAGAGGCCUUGAGUCUAGAUGAUGGGAGACAAACCAACCUCACAGUUUCUAAUCAUUCAAGGCGGGAAGAGCGACAUUCAAGACCGUCUCACAGGAAACAUGGCAGGUAUCUGGAGAAUAAGGCCUACGAGGAGGAGCUGAAAAGAUAUGAAGACAAAGAACGGGCAGAUCUACACAAGGCACGGCUCAAAGCUCAGGAAGCUGAGCGACAGUACAGAGAGGCCAUACUAAGGGACGUUUCCCCAUCACCCAGACUGUCCCCAGCUAGAACGAAGGCCCAGCAUAGGUCACAACGUAAUGCACAAGCAACACCGGGUCGGAGAUGGCAGGAUGAACCUAGGAAAACUCCAUCAAUGAAGGUUAAGGAGAAUGACCUCCUCCCUGUGCUCCGGGAGGAGUUGCCCCACCUUCACAUCUCUCCUCACGCCCUGGGUCGGAUGUGGGAGCAGCAGAUGCAGCAGGUGGACAGACUCCACACUCUGUCAUCGCACCAUACCCCACGUCGCAGCAAACUCCACAGCCAGGUGGAGGAAGCCCAGAGGAAACAUGACCUGCUGGUAAAUAUAAUCCACAAAGACCAAGAACACAACAGGCGUUUGAGGGACUUCAAAGAGCGCAUCCAGCAGCAGAAGUCAACCCAAAACAGACUGAGGGAACAGAGGCAGCAGAUAGCACGUGCCAAGAAGUACCACAAUGACUACCAUGUCCAGCACCGUGCCCGCCUAAUGAGGGCACGCACCAAGGAGGAGAGGAUGUUUCGGCAGCUGUUUGAAGAGGGUUUGGAGCUACAGAAAGUCCGGUUGAGAGAGCAGAAAGCCUACGCCAGGGAGCAACGGCUGGAACAUCAGAGACGACACCAGGACCAGAUCAAGUCCAUGGAGAACUACUACAAAGACCAAUUUUCACUACUAGCUGAAAAACUUGCACAAGAGCGACAGGAGAUCCAGGUUCGGAAAAAAGCUCAAGAAAAGGCUCUGCUGAAGAUGAAGCGAGAGCUACGAUCCAAGAUGGAGCGCGAGAUUGGCGAACUGCAGAAGAUCAUCGUUGAGAAUGAUGAGGACGACCACUUCCAGGAUCUGGAAGUCCAGAGACUGCGCAAUCGGGUCCAGAUGGCUUCCUUUCAGUACAACACUAGCUAUCUGCAUUGACCAGGGUAGCAAGGCAGAGGGGGCUGUUCUAAGCUCCGCUCAGUCAGGCUGGAUUCACAUCAGAGGAACAUGCUGCAGAAAAUGACUUCUGCCACUUACAACUAAGGGUACGACAUUCUGGUGGCUGGACAGUACUGUCUCCUCUGCAUCUUCCUUACGAGAUUUGCACAAGAAGAGGAAAUUGUAAGAACUUGAAGUCCUGAAUAAUGAUUACUAAUGAACUGAACACACUCAAAAUGUAGCUACUAGCUUAUUUAGCUAACUCUUCCUCUCACCUCAGCUGCUAUACCUGAACUAAACGACACCUUGGACCAAGUCUCCUCCUUCCAUGGGUUUUAGUACUUGAUACCUAAGAAUGUUUUAAAGUCCCUUACUGUGCAGUCUGUGCUGAUAAUGUAGCAGACAACUAGUCAACACGUUCUUCCUUUUGCCAAAUAGGGACCACAGAUGCAAAGUUCUUAAGUAUGAAUGUGUCACACACUGACUGAUUUUUAACUUCUUUCCCCCACAUGUGUGAUGUUAAUGUUUUAACCAUGCCAGUGGAUUAUUUAUUUUUUAAUUUUAUUGUCAUUUGAUUUUUAAUUAACCUGGUGUUGUGCUGUCUGAUUACCAGGGGCGAUGAUAAUCAGUCUUUAUGACUUUUCCUUGUUUUUAAAACUCAGAACUUUUAGACAUGGUCGUUUUAAACCAAGACACGAAAUGUUAAUGCAACCCUUAAACACUGUCUACUGAUACUGUGCAUUGUACCUAAAAAAAAGCACAUGAAUGCCCUGUUGUUAUUAAAUGUGUGGGCUCACUCCUCUCCUCUAGGUGGGUCACAGUUAAAAG